AUGGCAUUGACUGGUUUAGACCCCGUCAAUUUUCGUGUCAUACUCGAUGGUUCACUCAACCCUGACUAUUUGGUUGGUCAAGUUGUUGAGGUUUCGCAUAUGGAUGUGAUAUCUGUGAACGGUAAAGAGACACCAAAGAUUUCUUUGGAGUUACGUAACACAGACAAUGAACGACUUCCUGUGGUACUUUGGGGAAAGUUCGCAUCAGAUGUGAAUGAGCUUGAGGCAUACACAGUUAUGUGCACUAUUGUGUCAAUUGAUUCAGACAUGGGUUGGUUCUAUCUAAGUUGCAACGUUUGUGCCAAAAAGUUGUUGGUUGUCCCUAAUGAUGAUGUUGAUGAUGAAGAUGACGAGGAUGACUUGGGGUUCAAAUAUUUUUGUGUCAAAUGCAAAGUUCAUGAACCAAAAGUAGUUUUAAGGUUCAAGUUGCAUAUUGAUGUCAUUGAUCAUACUGGUCAAUCUAAGUUCAUGCUAUUUGAUAACCUUGCUUUUCAACUGCUUGGUAAACCUUGUGCUGCCCUAACUGGAUUGAAGACCGAAGAGGAUGCCCUUAAAGACAGUGCAAAUCCCACCGAGUCCACAUUGUCUAAUGUAACCGAGGGUUCUCUCGUGUUAUGUGAUAAUUCAUCUCCUCCAGUUGAGAUCCCCGAUCUGACACCAGCUAAACGCAAAGGAGAACCCGUUAUUAAUUUAGAGGAUGCUUAUGAUCAGAACUCGGUUACCAAGUUGGCAUGUACCAUCCGAAUUAAGAAGGAGAAGGAUUCAAAAAGUGGCUAA